AUGUUUCUGAUUGUCCUACCAUACGUCGAACUCAAAAUCUAUUUGUACAGUGCACAAGAUGGCCAACCAAUUGAAUACUACGAUUAUGUCAUGAUUGAGUCUCUCUUCUAUUGCCGGCGUCCUGAAGAACCUAUUGAUUUACAUCGAGAUAAUGUCACAGAAUCGUGCGAGAAGAACGGUGUUAGCACUGUUCUGCAUGAAUGGAAAUCGACCCUCGAACACGUGGAACGCUACUCACGUUACUUAAGAGGUUCUUCUCAAUUAGAUGGACAUCUAUGCCAAUGUCUUCAAUCACAAUCUUUCGGUAAGAAUUGCGAAUAUCAUCUACCAGUCGGUACAACACUUCAAGACGCUUUAGAAUGGCAAUUAAAGAUUUCUGGUCGUGUGGCGACGAGCAAUGCGUUCGGGACCGAUUUGGGUCUCAGAAAAGGACCGGAAUACGGAGAGUGCCGUAGUCAACGAGACCAACGUUUCGUAUGUGAAACUUAUUGUUGUUGGCUGAUGUGGACCUUGUCAAAUGGACAAUGUUGUUUUGAACGACCAUGCAAAGAGUCACAAAUAAGGAACAACACUAUCCAUGAACAAUGCCAGCUGCUACUCAGAUGUAUACUAUCAGAAAAUACGGCAUCAGGUUGUUCACACUGGGACGACACGGACUAUCCGAUAAAUCUCAGUGACUAUUGUCCCUUAGAAUUGAUUCCAUAUCCUCAAGGACCUAUUAUAAGCUCGUAUGGUUCGUACUUUUUCAAUCGCGAACGAAACUGGACCCAUCCUUUUCCAGACUGGAUUUUUAUUAACGGUACGGUUCGAUGUGGCGAUGCUCUAGUUUCAACUACGCAGCGAAUUCAGUUCACUCAACCGUUACGGGCAGGAACGAGUGUUAGAGCCGAACGCUUUUGCUUUCAUUGCUCAAACAAUCAACUAACAUGUUUGAGUGUCACAGUCUUGGGAGAUGAUCGGCACGAUUGUCCAAAUCAGUUUGACGAAUUGUGGUUGGGAACGAAUCGAAGACUCAGCGAAAUGAAGUGUGAUAAGCAACACAAAGACGAGUGUGCAUUAGUUCGUCAUUACUUCGAUCAGUCAUCGAGAUUAAUGAACAAUGACAAACACUGUAUCGAAACUCACAUAGCUUUUCUUUCCUAUUGCAACACCUUCUGGAACACAGGCUCGCAGAAAGAUGAGAAUCAGACUGAAUGUCGACGUUGGUGGGUCUGUGCCGAUGACCAGUGGCAAUGUCGAACAGGUCAGUGUGUACUGAAAAACUGGGUGAAUGAUGAAGAAUGGGACUGCACGGACGCAUCGGACGAAGCGGAAUUGUUUAAUAAAACGAUCACAUUACUCGAAGCAAUGAAACUUGACUUUCAUGCUAGUAAAGAAUUCGAACCACUUUUCGACACUUUCUUUCGUCUUGCCAAAGUACUUCAAUUAGAUAGACUAUCGACAUUUCGUCAUCAUAACUCUUGUUCAUCGAAUUUCUGUCACGAGAAGGCCGAAUGCCACUCACUACUCAAUGAUCCAUCGAAAUAUUUAUGCCUCUGUCCAAAUAAUUUCACUGGAGCGAACUGUUCUGUCGAAGAUUUGCACUGCACCAAUGAUUACUGUGCACCAACAACACUUUGCAACCCAUUUCCCUACUGUGUCUGUCCAUUCAAUCGAUACGGUGAGCGGUGCGAUAUUGAACACGAUCGGUGUCAGUUGACCGCUUGUCUCAAUGGAGGUUCUUGUUUUCCCACAUCUGCACCGGAUCGAGUUAUUUGUUUGUGCACCGAACAUUUCUACGGAUCGCAAUGUCAAUGGAAAAAGACGAUUUAUCAUUUACCUCUCGAAAAUCAAAUCCAGUUAUUUCGUACGAACGACAGCGGCAAUAGCGCCAUGUGUAUUCUCGAAUUUCCGGUGUCUCAUCGAACUCAACUAUCUAUGGCUAAUGAACAUCGAUUGCAUGUUUUACGAGAUGUAUUGAGUGAACAUAAAGAAAUGAUCGCUAAGCCAAUGAUCACAUUGAUACCGUCGGUAUUUUCACUUUUCUCUUUGCCAACAAUCAUUGUUUCAUUUGCACUUGGUUGUCGAACUCUUGACACCAGUCGACUACGGUAUCUUCUAAUGAUCUCCUACUUCCUCUCGUUCCUUCCUCAAAUGAUUACGUAUUUUCUCUACAUAUAUCCGUCGUCAGUCUAUUCGAAAGAGUGGCAAUCGACAUUGAUCAGUCAACGAAUAGCAGCUCUUCGACAGCGAGUUUCACUCAUGUUUUCAAAAUAA